AUGAGGCAAGUCUCCCUGGUAUACACCUCCAAUGGCAAUUGGUACCACAUCUGUGGAGGGACCCUGAUAGCCAACAACUGGGUCCUGACGGCUGCCCACUGCAUCAGCGACUCCAGGACCUACGGCGUGGCGCUGGGACGGCACAACCUCUACGUUGCGGAGUCCGGCUCGCUGCUCGUCAGUGUCUCUCUGAUUCUGGUGCAUCCGAAAUGGAACUCCAGCGAUGUCUCCAAUGGGUACGACAUUGCCCUGGUCAAACUGGCUAACCCCGUCUCCCUCACCGACAAGAUCCGGCUGGCCUGCCUCCCUCCUCCCUGCACCACUCUACCCAACAGCCCCUGCUACGUCACAGGCUGGGGAAAUCUGCAGACCAACGGGCCUGAUUCUGAUGUCCUGCAGCAGGGCCGGUUGCUGGUUGUGGACUAUGACACAUGCUCCAGCCCUGACUGGUGGGGCAGCAUCGUGAAACCCUGUAUGAUCUGUGCUGGGGGUGAUGGCGUGACCUCCAGCUGCUACGGAGACUCCGGAGGGCCGCUGAACUGUCAGGCAUCUGACGGCCGGUGGGAGGUGCAUGGCAUCGUCAGCUUUGGGUCUAGCCUCGGCUGCAACUACUACCACAAGCCAUCUGUCUUCACGCGUGUCUGCAAAUACAUUGACUGGAUCAAGUCGGUCUCCCUGCAAUACACCUCCGAUGGCAAUUGGUACCACACCUGCGGAGGAUCCCUGAUAACCAACAGCUGGGUCCUGACGGCAGCUCACUGCAUCAGCUCCUCCAGGACCUACCACGUGGCGCUGGGACGGCACAACCUCUGCAUUGUGGAGCCUGGCUCACUGACCGUCAGUGUCUCUAAGACUGUGAAACACGAGGACUGGAACUCCAGCGAUGUCUCCAAUGGGUAUGACAUUGCCCUGCUCAAACUGGCUCACCCCGUCUCCCUCACCGACAAGAUUCAGAUGGCCUGCCUCCCUCCUGCUGGCACCAUUCUACCCAACAACUACCCCUGCUACGUCACGGGCUGGGGAAGGCUGCGGACCAGCGGGCCUGCUUCUUGUGUCCUGCAGCAGGGUCUGUUGCUGGUUGUGGACUAUGACACCUGCUCCAGCCCUGACUGGUGGGGCAGCAUCGUGAAACCCUGUAUGAUCUGUGCUGGGGGUGAUGGCGUGACCUCCAGCUGCUUCGUGAGUACCAAAAUCAGGGGCCCUGCUCAGUGA